UCUCCCACAUCCUCCCUCGGCUAGCUCCCAUGCUUACAUCUGUAUAUACGUAAUACUGUCUCUCUCUCUAUCUCUCUCGCCCUAGGGUUUCAGAAAUGACAGCAAUCGAGUCUCUGCAAUCUCUAACCGCACACAAGAUCUCCCCAAAUUCGACCCGCAAUCUCACCAAAUUUACAAGACUGCCCUUCUUCCACGACCGGCCACGUUCCAUUCCGCUGAAAUCCUCCCACCCAAUCAGAAAUUCCCGAUCGAUUUCUCUGGUUGCCUUCUACAAUCAAUCCAAGAUCUCUAUAAAUUCCGAUUUCGAUAUUUGGGGAGGGUUUCUCAAGAAUCAGAGGCAUCGGGCCCGUCGGAUUCGAUCCAACGGCUCUCGUGAGCAGGACGGCGAUUCGACGGCUGAUAAGGGCGAUGGCGGCGAGAACAAGAAUGCCAGCAAGUCGGCAACGCCUCCGCCGGCCCCGUCGUCAUCGUCCUCGCCUCGGCGGGAGAAGGGCGGGGGCUGGUGGAAGAAGCGGAAAUGGCAGUGGCAACCGAUAAUUCAGGCACAGGAGAUUGGCGUCCUGCUCCUGCAGCUCGGGAUUGUUAUGUUUGCGAUGCGUUUGCUGCGGCCCGGGAUCCCGUUGCCGGGGUCGGAGCCACGGGUCCCGACGACGCACGUGAGUGUCCCAUAUAGCGAUUUCUUGAGCAAGAUCAACAACAAUCAGGUGCAGAAGGUGGAGGUCGAUGGGGUUCAUAUCAUGUUCCGGUUGAAACAGGACACGGGUGUGGGUGCGAGUGCAGAGAGUGAGAGCAGGUCUCAGGAAGCUGAGUCAUUGAUUAGGAGCGUGGCCCCAACGAAGCGGAUUGUGUAUACAACUACUCGUCCGACCGAUAUAAAGACUCCAUACGAGAAGAUGCUUGAGAACGAGGUGGAGUUUGGGUCGCCAGAUAAGCGGUCGGGUGGAUUCUUGAACUCAGCAUUGAUUGCUCUUUUCUAUAUUGCUUUACUUGCAGGACUACUCCACCGUUUCCCAGUCACAUUUUCUCAGCAUACAGCUGGUCAGUUGAGGAGCCGUAAGACUGGGGGUUCAGGUGGAGCAAAAGUACCUGAACAUGGGGAAGUGGUCACUUUUUCUGAUGUUGCUGGGGUCGAUGAAGCUAAGGAGGAACUAGAAGAAAUUGUGGAAUUUCUAAGGAAUCCAGACAAGUACAUACGACUUGGUGCUCGCCCUCCUCGAGGGGUACUCCUGGUGGGUCUUCCUGGGACAGGUAAGACUCUUCUGGCGAAAGCUGUAGCUGGGGAAGCUGAAGUUCCUUUUAUUAGUUGUUCUGCGAGUGAAUUUGUAGAACUAUAUGUUGGCAUGGGAGCAUCCCGUGUGAGAGAUCUCUUUGCGAGAGCAAAGAAAGAGGCACCAUCAAUAAUUUUCAUUGAUGAGAUAGACGCAGUAGCAAAAAGCCGUGAUGGUCGAUUUCGCAUUGUCAGCAAUGAUGAGAGAGAGCAGACACUGAACCAGUUGCUCACUGAAAUGGAUGGCUUUGACAGCAACUCUGCAGUGAUUGUUCUUGGAGCAACUAAUCGGUCAGAUGUUUUGGAUCCUGCACUUCGCCGUCCUGGGAGAUUUGAUCGUGUUGUGAUGGUAGAAACGCCUGACAGGAAUGGAAGACAAGCCAUUUUAAAUGUGCAUGUUUCUAAGAAGGAACUUCCGUUGGGGGGAGAUGUGGAUCUUGGAGAAAUUGCAUCUAUGACCACCGGUUUCACUGGGGCAGACCUAGCGAAUUUGGUAAAUGAAGCUGCUCUGUUGGCUGGUCGAGUAAAUAAAGUUGUUGUGGAGAAAGUUGACUUCAUCCAGGCAGUAGAACGCUCAAUAGCAGUAUGGAUGGCAUCCAUACACACUGCCUUGACUUCUGUUGUUUGUAAGAAGGGCAGGCCUUCUUCAUCUGCUAAGCUGCCAAAUAAUGCUUUUUUACCUGGAUUUGAGGUGGUGGGGCGUGUUUCAAAUGUAUGGGAUAAGGAAUUAUGCCCCACUUCAAAGAAUUCUGUGCCAAGAGCCACUUUAACAUUUGGUCCUUCUUCCACUGAAUCGGAAAAGACAAAACCGAGGAAGCACACAGUCAAUCCUGCAGCCCCUGACUUCUUUCCACUUCCACCCUUUGAAGAAUGCUUUCCAAAGAGCACAAAAGAAUGCAGGCAUGUUGUUCAUGAGCAAUCAGGUCAUGUCCUUAAGGUCCCAUUUCGACGCGUUCACUUAGCUGGAGAGGAGAAGCACUUCGACACAUAUGACACAAGUGGCCCACAGAAUAUAAGUCCGCGCAUUGGUCUUCCUAAGAUACGCAAAGACUGGGUUGAUGGGCGGGAAAAGCUGGGUGGACCAAGAUACACACAGAUGUUCUAUGCUAAGCAGGGAAUUAUAACUGAAGAGAUGUUGUUCUGUGCCACUCGGGAGAAGCUUGACCCAGAAUUUGUGCGGUCAGAGGUUGCACGUGGACGAGCUAUUAUCCCUUCCAACAAGAAGCACUUGGAACUGGAGCCGAUGAUUGUUGGGAGAAAUUUCUUGGUCAAAGUCAAUGCAAAUAUUGGAAACUCUGCCGUCUUGAGCUCCAUAGAGGAAGAGGUGCAUAAGCUUCAAUGGGCGACGAUGUGGGGCGCUGAUACUGCCAUGGAUCUCUCAACAGGUCGCCAUAUCCAUGAGACUCGUGAAUGGAUCCUUCGUAACUCUGCCGUACCAGUAGGGACAGUGCCCAUCUAUCAAGCACUUGAGAAAGUGAAUGGCAUUGCAGAGGAUCUUAGCUGGGAUGUUUUCAGAGAUACCCUGAUUGAACAAGCUGAGCAGGGUGUGGAUUACUUCACCAUCCAUGCUGGGGUGCUGCUUCGCUACAUCCCUUUGACAGCAAAGCGCAUGACCGGCAUUGUUUCCCGUGGAGGAUCCAUUCAUGCAAAAUGGUGCUUGACUUAUCACAAGGAAAAUUUUGCUUAUGAACAUUGGGAUGACAUCCUUGACAUCUGUAAUCAAUAUGAUGUGGCACUAUCAAUUGGUGAUGGGCUGAGGCCUGGGUCAAUAUAUGAUGCCAAUGACAGUGCUCAGUUUGCUGAGCUUUUGACUCAAGGGGAGCUGACCCGCCGAGCAUGGGAAAAGGACGUUCAGGUAAUGAAUGAAGGACCUGGCCACAUUCCAAUGCAUAAAAUUCCUGAAAACAUGGAGAAACAGCUUGAGUGGUGCAAUGAGGCACCUUUCUAUACACUUGGGCCAUUAACCACUGAUAUCGCACCAGGGUAUGACCAUAUCACGUCAGCAAUCGGUGCUGCCAAUAUCGGAGCACUUGGUACUGCACUGCUGUGUUAUGUUACGCCUAAGGAACACCUUGGUUUGCCAAAUCGGGAUGAUGUGAAGGCUGGUGUCAUAGCAUAUAAGAUAGCUGCUCAUGCAGCUGAUCUAGCAAAAGGCCACCCACAUGCCCAAGAGUGGGAUGAUGCGCUGAGCAAAGCUCGUUUUGAGUUCCGAUGGAUGGAUCAAUUUGCAUUGUCACUGGAUCCCAUGACUGCCAUGGCCUUCCAUGAUGAGAGCUUGCCAUCAGAUGGUGCCAAGGUGGCGCAUUUCUGUUCUAUGUGUGGCCCCAAGUUCUGUUCCAUGAAAAUAACAGAAGACAUACGGAAUUAUGCUGAGGAGCAUGGUUAUGGGACUGCUGAAGAAGCUGUGCAACAUGGGAUGGACGCUAUGAGUGCUGAGUUCUUAGCUGCCAAGAAAACUGUCAGUGGCGAACAACAUGGUGAAGUCGGUGGGGAGAUUUACUUGCCUGAAAGUUAUGUCACGCGCACAUUGGACAGAUGAAGGAAUAACUUCAUGAACUGAUCAUGUGAUCAUGGAGGGCCUUGGAAGACUGUGCUGGGCUCAAAUUAUCUGCACUGGUGUUUUAUGGUUUUGCCUGGGCCAUCUGGCCUGGAUAUGGCAGGACAGGCUGAGAAAGUCCCUUUGAACCUGAACAGGAUAAUGCCUGCGUAGGGAGUGUGCAUUUUGUUUUUCUGUGUUUGUUCUUGCACAGGGACCUGUCCAGAGUUCCAGCAAUCUGAUUCAUGUGGAUGGGUCCGGCGUUGUGGACUUGGCUAAUCCGUCUUAGUGCUGGGAAGUAACUAAAACUGCUAUUUAUUUAUUUUUUGUUUUGAGGGACACACACCCACACCCACGCACGCACAUGCACGCACACAGGUAUCUUUUGCCCAUCUGUUAUAACUUGAGCAAUAACAUCAAAUUUGCCAUUCCAUCAUUGGGAAUGGCUGAUUUAUUAUUGAAACAUAAAUUGCUUUUGCUGCUCAGUGUGAUAAUGUUGCUGAGAUUUGUAAAUCUCACAACAUCAUUGCAAUUAUAUUGUCAGAUUUUCAAAAUCUCUCCAGUUUUUAAUUUUUCGUGAUUUUGUCAUGAAAUUCUUGUGAUUUUAAUGAAAAUUUUAUUUGAGAAUGAAAAUAAAUUAUUUUAGAGAUUUUUACACGAAAAUUCCACAUAAAUCCCAAAUUUGCCAAAGGAUUAUUCCUUCACGAAUCAAAAUACCUUAGUGCUUUUCGAGAAGGGAAAUUACAGAACUAUCCUCAAUAGUAAUUUUUCUUUGGAAAGUGAUAAAGUCAGAAAUUUUCGGGGCACACAUGGUAUGCAUAUGACAUCCAGCCUGUCAAGCAUAUGCAUCCAACCAUAAUAAUCACAUGGACCAAAACUCUUUCUGAUAGAAUCACUGGAUGAGCUGCACGUUCAUUUUGAUGUCUUUCAAGUGCUGUAUAUUAUUUUUUAUGGUUUUGCUCACCUUUAUGUUUUGGUAGACCAAUUUUUUGUUCUUCUGAACAUCAUGGCAGAUUACAUCUCUAUUGAACGGGUUGGAUAUCAUAAAAAUGUCAUGUGGGCCCCACACUUCUCUACUUCACCAUUUUUGAAAGAAAAAAAGUGCACAGAAAUUUCACUGCUCAAAAAGCACUUCCCUUAGUGAUAAAAUUCCCAUAGAUUUGUACCUAUAUUUUCUAUAUUUAAUAUCAUUUAUUAAAUUAUAAUAAAUAUUUUUAAUAUUUUAUUUUCGGUGAGAUUUUCCUAAUAAUAUCAUGAGAAAAAUAUAUAAUUUUGGAAUCCUCCCAAGGGGGCUGAGAAAUUGCCAAGAACGAGAUUUCUCACUAUGUUGUCACUGUCUGAAAUAAACAAAAGAACAAAUCAGUCUCUCCUCUGUUGUAUAAAAAAGAAGAAGAAGAAGAGGGGAAUGUACUGCUUGUUGGCAUGCAAGUUUUAACUAGGAACUGAUACAAAUCCAACACCAGCAGUGCUUGCCCUCUGUCUCUCCACUACCUUAAAAUUUUAGCUACCGUGGGAAGACAGAUGCUGGCUGAAAGUCCCUUUGAACCUCACCAGGAUAAUUCCUGCACAGGCAGUGAGCUGCUUGUUUUCUUUUUAUUAUUAUUAUUUUUUCUUUCUAUUUUCUGCCCCUUUUUCGCAGCAAGAUGGAGCCCUGAUGGAUGACUUGAUCUAGGCUUGAGUCUCAUCUGCUUUUUGGAGGAUUGCAUCUGCUUCAUUAGGGCAUGGUUCCCUUGUUCAAUUAACUACUCUACCUAAAAAUCCAUGGGUGGUUUUCGGUAGUAUAUGAGUGCUGGGAUGGGUAAUUACAACAUGUAUGCAAACCCAUAUCCUUAUGACUUUCAUGAUGAACUUAGAUGCUAAAACUGGAUUCAAGCACUCCCCAUUCAAUUAUGAAGCAAAUGACCUAAAUGCGAACAAUGCCUAAUUUCCAUUCAAUGCUAAGGUAGACUUAAUUGCCUGUUGGUUUAGUUCCUUCCCCAUUCCUUACUCAUUAUGAUUCAAGAUGGGCUUAUUAUGGUCAUUUGUUCUUUUAUGAAUCGAAAAAUUCCAAUUCAGUUUGUUAGAA